AUUCAUUCAUUGUACUUUGAUCAAUUUGUUCAGUGUGUUAUGAACUCGAUUCGCUCGUUUAUAGUAAUUUUCUUUCAUUUUGUUACAUGGAAUAGAACAAUAGACUAGUUUUGCUUAAUCUCGACUUCACAAUCAAAGUAUUAGUGAUAAUAUUAUUAGAUUAAUUUUCAUUAUCUGAUAUAAUUAUCAUCAAAUAAUUAGCAAGAAUAUUAACAUAAAUUUUGUUGCUUAUUUUAACCAGUACCAGUUCGUGUUCGUCGUCGUCACAGUCAAGAGGUAAUUAUUAUAUUUACAAAAUGCCUAGAAAGGUGUACGUUGUUGGCGUUGGAAUGACGAAGUUCGUCAAACCUAACACUGGUGGAGAUUAUCCAGAUUUCGGCAAAGAGGCUGUCCAGGAAGCCCUUAAGGAUGCUGGUGUCAAAUACGAGAUUAUUCAACAGGCGGUCUGUGGAUAUGUCUCUGGAGAUUCCACAUGCGGUCAGCGUGUCUUGUACCAAGUCGGCAUGACCGGUAUACCCAUCUACAACGUCAACAACAAUUGUUCUACAGGUUCAAAUGCUCUCUUCCUCGCCAAACAGCUUAUCGAAGGUGGGAAUAGUGAUGUAAUAUUAGCAUUAGGUUUUGAAAAGAUGGCAGCCGGUCCAUUAGGUGGCGGUGCAUUUAAUGAUAGAACAAACCCCAUGGAUAGGCACGUCAUGAAAAUGGCAGAUCUGUCUGAGAUAGCGCCCGCGCCCAUGACACCACAGUUCUUCGGGAACGCAGGUAUUGAGCACAUGAAGAAAUAUGGCACAACAGAAGUUCACUUUGCUAAGAUUGCUGCAAAGAAUCACCGUCAUGGUGCAAAGAAUCCCCGCGCCCAAAGCACGAGGGAAUACACAGUGGAGGAGAUUUUGAACUCCAGGAAGGUCUAUGGUCCACUAACUAAAUUGCAGUGCUGCCCAACCAGUGAUGGAGCCGGUGCUGCUAUCCUCAUGUCUGAGGAAGCUGUCAUCCGGUACGGCUUACAGAACAAGGCCGUAGAAAUCCUUGGUAUGGAAAUGGCUACUGAUACUGCUGCUGUUUUCGAAGAAAACAGUCUCAUGAAAAUAGCUGGCACUGACAUGACAGCACUGGCUGCUAAACGUUUAUACGAAAAGACAGGCAUAUCUCCCAACCAAAUUAAUGUAGUGGAACUCCACGAUUGCUUCUCCUGCAAUGAAUUGAUCACAUAUGAAGGUCUACAGUUGUGUGGAGAAGGUGAAGCUGGGAAGUUUAUUGAUGCUGGUGACAACACAUAUGGGGGCAGAGUGGUGGUUAAUCCGAGUGGUGGAUUAAUAGCUAAAGGGCACCCGCUGGGAGCGACUGGUCUGGCUCAGUGUGCUGAACUCGUGUGGCAGCUCCGAGGAGAGGCUGGUCCCAGACAGGUGCCCGGUGCCAAAAUAGCCUUACAACACAACUUGGGUCUCGGUGGAGCAGUCGUUAUAGCCAUGUACCGCAAAGGAUUCACCAAUGUCUCCCCCAACCAAGUUGCCGCCAUCGCCAACAGUCCCGAAGACUUCAAAGUAUACAAAUACAUGCAAUUCCUGGAACAGGCUAUGCAAGAUGACGAAGAUAAACUCGUCGAGAAAGUACGAGGCAUCUACGGUUUCAGAGUGAGGAACGGACCCAAUGGCGCGGAAGGAUACUGGGUGAUUAACGCUAAAGAGGGCAAAGGAAAAGUCACAUACAACGGCAAAGAGAAACCCGAUGUAACAUUCACAAUUAACGACGAAGAUGUGGCUGAUCUGAUUUCUGGCAAACUGAAUCCCCAGAAGGCAUUUUUCCAAGGAAAAGUUAAGGUACAAGGAAAUAUGGGGCUCGCGAUGAAGCUUACAGAUUUACAGCGUCAUGCCACUGGUAAAAUCGAACAGCUUCGGUCUAAACUGUAAAUAUCUCUAUAUAUUAGUUAAGUGCGAAGUAAUUUCUUCUUGGUUACGGAACUGAGGUAUGGGGUAUUUUAAACGACUAUUGUAUAGUUGCACAAGGAGUUUAGCGUCUGGUCUAGUUUUAUACUUUUAAUUUAUAAUUCCAAAUAGUUCAUAAUAUGCUGCUCUCAAAAUAUUUCUCUAUGGGUUCUAAGUUUUAUUUGUAAGAUUCUCUAUUUAUAUUUUAUUACGUGUUAUGGUCAUGUCCUCUAUGCUAUACCAUUCCAGUGUAUAUUUUAUCAAUGUCAUUAUUGUUUCUAUUAAACAGUUUUAUAUAAACAUA